AUUUUUGUGCCAUCGCAAAAAACGUUCUUUAGGAGUAUUAAAAAGACCAUGUCCUUGCUGUAUAAAAUAAGCCGGUCCAUUAGCAGGACUUGCCCCUGCCACAUGAGAAUUAGGCAGCUAUCAGUGGCUCGAACCCUGCUAAACAGUGACUCCGCAAAUGUUAGUGGAACAUCUGACCAGCCGGAAAAGGGAGGAUUUGCCAAAGCAUUUGAGAAGUACACUGCUCCAGCACAACCAGAGCUUCCGCCAGAGGACAAUCAGACCUUUGCCUCACUGCUACGCCAAUCAAAGUUCAUAGACUUGGGCAGUGCCGAGGGCAAGGUGGUGAAUGGAAAAAUUUUCCAUGUGGUGGGUGAUGAUCUGUAUAUAGACUUUGGUUGGAAAUUUCAUUGUGUAUGCACUCGACCAGCUAAGAAUGGGAGUGACUAUGUGCGUGGAGCUCGAGUUCGCCUUCGUGUCAAAGAUCUGGAGUUGUCUACAAAAUUUUUGGGCUCUUCUAAGGAUAUCACAAUUUUGGAAGCUGAUUGCCACUUACUAGGAUUGAUCAAUUCACCUGCUAGACAAACAACAACAACAAAACAAACGCCUAAAAUUGACAUUGAAAGUUUACUCUAAAAAAUGUUAAUCUACAAACUAUUAAAAACAAAAAGAAAUUAUUCAUUGUCA